UUUCACUGAGCAAGCUGCUGUGUGCUGAGUGCGAGAGCCCGGCAGCGGCGCUUCUUUUUCGGAGUGGCUCGGAAAAUUAUGGGCAAUUCUCUCCGUGCAGCCGCACUGCUGGCCUUUGUGGUUCUUUCUAUUUUAGUUUCUCUACUGAUCAGUAGCGUGCAGCAGUUUGGUGCGCGGGUCGUCUCCAACGUGACCCGUGGCGAGCAGCAGCUCCCCGAGGCACUGAUUUCUCAACUCACCGAGAGGCGCAAAGAAAUUGUACCACUGCUUUUUCUCAAUGAGGAUGAGCCCCGCUUCUCUGACCAGGCUUUGGACUCCACGUGGGACUAUAGAGUAUGGGACAAGCUCGCGCGUGGCUCGAGCCGUGCACCCGGGGAUGAGAUGGGCUGUGACUCUUUAGUGGACAUGCAGGGGCUGGAGGUACUCGGCUCUGGCUACACCAAACUCGUUGUCAAAGCGAACCUGGCCGGGGGUCUGGCCGUGGCGCUGAAACUGGUCAAUGAGCAGGGCAUAGACAUGGGCAAGUGUGUGGAGGAGUUUAACGAGCCAGAGGCGUGUCGGCAACUCGUGGCUUAUAAACUGAAGAAGGAGAUGGUGCUGCUGAAGCGGCUCCAGCAUCCCAACGUCAUCGGGCUGCGAGGGCACUGCGAGGGCCAGCACGGAGCCCGAGAGGUAGAGGGCCGAGGGGGAGCAGAGGGAGGUAGAUUGGCUGUCAUCCUGGAGCAGGGCAUGCCGCUGCAGAUGAUCCAGCUGCUGCAGAGCCCCUGGGAGGAUCGCUUCAGGGUCUGCCUGGACUUGGUGCGCCUGCUGCACUUUCUCUCCAGCUCUCCUCUGGGCUCUGUGGUGCUGCUGGACUUUCAGCCGAGGCAGUUUGUGAUGGUGUCCGGAACUUUGAAGCUCACGGACCUGGACGAUGUCAGUGCAGAGCCCACCCAGUGUCAGACCAGUGCAGACUGCACCCUGCUCUUCCCCCAGCGCAACUUCAGCAUCCCCUGUGUGCACGGCCUGUGCGAGGUCAACGAGAAGAGGAACAUGUAUAAUGCCUACAGGUAUUUCUUCACGUACCUGCUGCCACACCAAGCCCCACCCACCCUCACACACCUGGUGGACCACAUCAUGAACUCCACAGGGGAGCUGAAAAGUGACAUCAAUGAGACGCUGCAGGCUUUUGAAGAGCUCCUGGCUCAGUACCAGUCUGGAGCGCACCUGGACAACCUGCCGGCUUCUGAACUCUCAGACUACUGGCUGCUGCGGCAUGUGGGUGCCUCCGGGGGGCAGUACCGUUGCGUCUCUUAUAGUGCACAAGGCUGUGUGCUGUCAGUGCACAGCCCGCGAGAGGCUGCGCACAUCUGUAAUUCUCACUCUCAGUGCUCUAGCUUCACUCUUACAGGACAGAGGACAUGGAGUGGGCGUCUCCUGGCCUCUUUCCGGAGCAGCUCUGCUCAGCUUAUUCCCAAUGGCACAUCAGAUGUGUAUGUGAAGAAAACCACUGUCUCGGACACGCCUUCACUUUGACAGGACUCAGCGGGACUGUUCUCGUGCAGAAUUAUGGACCAUAAAGUGGCACAGACUGAGCUGUACCUGUGAACAUGAGGAUCAGCAGGAGGGAUUGUGUUCUUCUGCACAGUGUCUGAAGCGGAGCCAAGCGGCUGCCUGUGCCAGCUGCUGUUUACAGGGAUUUCCUCUAGGUGCGAUCAGAGCGGGAUGUCCCGGCACAGAGCUGCCACCGCCUCACUGAGCCUGAGGACAAGAAACAAGCGCUUGGACAAAUCCACACACAUUCUAUGCACCACAUGAAUCAUUCCUUUAUGAAGAUAAUGUAAUAUGAAUUAUGAAGAUAAUUUAUAUGAUCAAUGUUUAUAUCAUUGUGCAUCUGAUUUUACAUGCACCUUGUGGGUGAUUCUUAUAUUUUCAAUGAAAAAUGAUUAUUCUUUUUCUACUGUAAAUCUGGGCUUUUCAUAAUACAAAUGUCUUUUUUUUUUUUUUUUUACAACCUUGUGUUGUGGUUAUUUACAUGCUCUUUGCCUUUGUGCAAGUGCACUUACAGAGCCUGUUUGUUUGUCAUUAGCACCUCCAUGAGUGCAGGCGGGGGGCACAGGGCAGCACAGGGGGUGCUGACUCACUAUUGUGUGUUUUUACAUCUUUAUCUAUUCGCGUGCCUGCCCUGCUACAAUCUGUGCACCAUCUGAAAAGGCCAACUCAAAGCACACAGCUCCACAGAGUUUGCACAAUACCAGUGGAAUGCAUUCUCAUGCUGUGCCAUGCUGAGCUCAUUAUCAGCCUUAAUUAAUACAUGUAAAUGAGCUGAUACUUCAGGGGGCAGGCCUGGGACAAAGACCCUGACGUGUGCUUUGCACCUGAAUGGACCACCAUCUGUGGCUUUAGACCCAGUGGACCUGGGACAGCUUUCAGCGAGGAUUUGUACACCCACAACUAGCUCUGUUUUGUUUUGUCCCUUUAUUAUUAAAUUUUCAGACAUAUUUUCGACACACACAGGUGAAGGGCAGACAUUUCUCAGCUCUCAGGACAUGCUCUUACUGAUUUGUAUACUGAUCUGAGAGGGGAUGUCCCCUCCACAGAUUACACCUUUAUGGGCUCUUUAAGAAGGCUCCGGGCUUCUGUUUGCUUGCCACUGGCCCUUGUUGUCUGGACAAAGUCUGCUGGUUAGAGCCUGAUAGAGCAGAUAAAAGCUGUGAGAUAAGGCUUCAGCAGACCGACCGGAAAGACCAGUGUGAAGUGGGUCUAAUCCCUCUCUGUCCAAAUUAUUUGUUGUGUUGCUGUUCCCAUGUGUCAGAAUGCUCCUGAGUCCAGCGGACUGCUUGUUGUUUCUCACCGCCCCAUGCUCCUGCUCUGUUUUUUACGUUUCUAGUUUCGCUCGGCUUGUUUCCAUGGGAUUGAUUCAUGACCCCCAUCUGGAAAUAAUAUCUGUUCAUGAAAACAAGCCAUCAGCACUUCUGGAGCGGAGCAUAUGCUGCAUGUGCGAGCCCUGUGCGGCUCUGUGGUGAGAAUGAGUGUAUUGCUUGGAAUGUCUGGUCUCUCUUCUGCUUGAUUGCCUGAUCUUUAUAUUUCUAAUGUUUAUCUAUGCAACUCCUUUUGUAUAACACAAAACACUGAGUCUACAUGCCUGUUAAAUUUGUCUGGACUAUAAUCUAUUGACCCUGUGUACGCUUGUAUGAGAGGAGGUUCCUUCAAAAGCAACAUUCAACACACAACUUUAUUACCAAAUUAUGCUACAGAAACAUCAGAGAUGGAACGUAAUGAAGUAAAAGUACUGUACUUGACUAUAAAAUGUAGGUAUCUGUACUUUACUUAAAGGUGCACUGUGUUACUUUUUGGUUGGGGGUCAUCACCUGCUUGUUUCUAUGGAUAUGCCAUUGCCCUGCCUGAAAUAUUCCACAGUAUCACAUUAAACAGCUCUUCCUUACAUUUAUUUAAUUACAGAAUGUUUUGUAGCUCAAAAUUAUCUAGAAAAACAGACAUUUUGACUGUGGGCAGGGUCGCCUCUCCUCAGGUCUGACCUGUAACUUGGUCUGGUUUGGUCUCUAUGAAGAUAGAAAGGUUUAAUACCAUAAUGUAAAACAUUGCAGACAAAGCAAAAACAUCUCCCUGGAGAAAUGCAUUUGACAGACCAUUCCCCAGAAAAGUUACACAAUGCACCUUUAAGUACAUUUUAAAAUUUUACGUUUACUUCCUUGCAUCUGAGAGCAGGUAUUUGUACUUUCUACUCCACUACACUUUUAAACUGAACGUAAAAGUAAAAGCAAACUAAUAAAAUAUACAUUUUU